AUGACGAGCAAGGUCCAGCGAGCUGCGACCUCCCGUGCGUCUAGCACUUUGGACGCUACUCUCGACAAAACGAGAGCAGCAGCAGCAUCUAAGUGCCUGAGCUGCAGCAGAAAUGUCACUUCUCGGUCUAAAGCGCUGCAGUGCGGUCUGUGCGAAGGAUGGGCCCACACAACGUGCAGCGGCAUUGAGCACGAUCUUUAUGAAUGCCUGAAAAGAACGGCAUCUUCCGCGCUAACAUUCCACUGUGACAAAUGCCGACUUAUUGUUAACGAUAAGUCCCUUCUGGCGAAUCUGACUUUGGCGAAAAAGACAGAUAAUAACGCCGCAUUGGUGACGCCCGUACUACCGCCGGUGACUCCUCCAUGCAUCCAUACUGUGCGCAAUCGAAGCCGCUCCUCCUCCACUUCAUCAGCGGACACACCAAUGCAUAGUUCACAAGACAACCGAAAAAAGCCGUCUGUCGGCACUGCAACUGCGACCUACGCAGCCGUGGCCAGCGCUGGCGCCGCAAAACCACCCGGCUGGGUCCAGGCCCCUAAAAAGAAAAGUUGUAAGGCGGUAAACAACAACAAAUCGAAAUCACCGUCUACAGUGUCACAACUAAAGUCUAUGCUAAACAAGGUAACACGAGUUGAGAAAUUGCUAGCCGAGAAACCGGCCUUACCGAAACCGGUGAAGCCAAGCGAUAGCAAGUCACCACGGGGACGGCUAUGCAACGUCAUGAUUUUCCACGCACCUGAGUCGACUGAUCCCAGUCCCCAGGUACGCUAUGACCAUUAUGUGCAAUUCUUGCAGUCUCUAACCGACAAACUACUGGAUGUUGGCGAACCCGGGUUACGAGUGAAACAAGUCACUCGUCUGGGGAAACAAGUUGAUGGCAAGUGUCGGCCUCUGCGCAUCGCGUUCACCGACGAAACUGCCCCAAGGUUAGUACUGUCCCGCCUCGGUCGCCUAAAGGGGAUGAAAAUUCAUGUCCGGCCAGACCUUGAUCCCGCAGAACGAGAGCAGCUGAAGUCUGCCGUGAUCGAACUGAAACGACGCACGGACGCCGGUGAAACUAACCUACGUAUCGUAAAUUUUCGCACAGUUGCCCGGAUACCCCGAAUCCGG